CCACCCCCCCGCUCGCUCCAUCCAUGGCCUUCUGGGCUCUCAGCUGAUCAAUAUAUAAGGAACCCUGAUCCAGCAGGAGACACUCAGAGGACGAACACUGAACUCUGUCCCAUCACACAGGAGCUUUACACACCCAUUCAUUCAACUGCUGCCAUGUGGAAGGACUCCAGCAACGGUAAGAGCUGAUUCCCACUCAGACAACAACUGAGUUUAUUAGAUGAGAUGAUAAAAUACUUCUUUUUUAGCCAGUUUAGCUUCUUGUGCUCUCAGCCUGCAGCCAGAGAGUUAAUUUAAUGUGCUGCUGCACCAGGUGGAGUUUUCCUGCAGCAGGUAGAGUCACAGUGACAGAAAAUCCUCUUUAAGUGAAGGUCACGUUCUUCUGAGAGGUGGUGUUUGUACUCUGCAUGCAGCUGAACAGCUCGGUGCACUGAAAACAUACUGCCUCAAGAAUUUGUAAAUAUUAGCAGCAGGUUUGAAGUGAGGAGAUGAACAAGUUAAACAUGAAGAGAAACAUGCAGCCAGAACAGGAAAGACCGUUCAUUCAUGAGUAUUUGUUGUGGAUCCUGUCUGAUCUGGACCCUGCUCUCCUCUCAGAUGAAUCCAGACCUGCAGCCUCCGGCGGCGGCAGCUCGUCCCGCAGCGCCAGCCGCAGGAAGAGAACCAGCUUCUCCAAAGAACACGUGGAGCUGCUGCGCGCCACCUUCGAAACCGACCCGUACCCCGGCAUCAGCCUCAGGGAGAGUCUGUCCCAGACCACAGGGCUGCCUGAGUCCCGCAUCCAGGUUUGGUUUCAGAACCGAAGAGCUCGAACCCUGAAGUGCAAAGGAGCUAAGAAAGCUCUGUGGGGGUCUGAUUCUGCGCUCCCUCCUCCUCCUCCUCCUCACAGGGGGCCUCAGGUCGGCCCCGUCUCUCUGCCUCCCCCCCCGGCCUACCCCACCCCGGUGAAGGAGGAGCUGGAGGAGUCCUGCUUCUACGCUCAGUGUCCUCCGGCGUACUCUGCCGCCGAGGAGCGUUACGGCUCCGUGUACAGGCUCCAGCAGGGCAGGAGCUACUGGUCCCAGCCGGGCAGCCAGACCCCCCCAGCCCCCCCAUUGUGGUGCCACUCCCCCCUGGAGAUGAGAAGCUACAGCUCGGGCUCCGGCCCGGCAGCGGCGGCCUUCAUGUACCCAGGAACAGCGGAGCAGCAGAUGUUCAUCACCUCCUCCACCCCGGACACCCCCGACUCUGGAUACGGGGACAUCGGUCUGGAGAACAGCCCGCCGUACUCACAGCUGGAGGAUUCAUGGAGCACGGAGUCCAGACACCCGGGGCUGGUCCAGCACGCCCCCCUGCCUGAGCUGUCCCUGCAGGAGAUCCUGGGGGAGCUGGAUGAGGACUGGCUCGGAGGAGAGGGUCUGGAGAACCACGCCGCCGCCAGCGGAGAGAAAAUGUCUUUCUGCUGACGACUGUGUACAGGACUCUGAAAUCAUCUGUAUUAUUCUGAUUUUAGUCAUCGGCGUUUUGCUCCUGAGGAACUGGAUCCACAUUUUCAGAAUCCUCCAGAACUUUUUAUUGAUUCCACACAGACCAGGUUCAUGUAUUUAUUCAUCUCUUCACUGUUUAUAACCUCUAUUUAUGAUUUCCUGCACUUUUCUACAAAUAAA